UUUUAAUUCCAUCAUUUUCUAUGUAUAAUUUUGUAAAAAGAUUUAAUAUAUUUUGUUCUUCUCCAUCCUUCCGAAAUUUCUAGAGCCACAUUAUAUAAGAUCCAGAAGCCAGUCUUAUCUAAUUAAAUCAAAACUUCUCUGGGUGCACGCACAUGCCGCCUGCCAAUAUGCAGCUUCCAAGAAAGUCUUCAUUGAAUUCCGUUAUUCCCCUACGGUGGCUAAACUUGCGUCUGCUUCUUCUACUUAUUCUAUCAGCAACUACCGCCUUCUCCGGCCAAAUUGUCAAGUAUCUUCCAGGAUACGAUGGUGAACUCCCAUUCAAACUCGAAACCGGAUACAUAAGCGUUAAUGAGUCGGAGCUGUUCUACUACUUCAUUGAGUCUCAAGGCAAUCCGGAAGAGGAUCCUCUAUUUCUUUGGCUGACUGGAGGCCCGGGCUGUUCUUCGUUCAAUGGAUUAAUCUACGAAAUCGGACCAAUGGAGUUUGAUAUUGACAACUACAAGGGGGGCUUACCAAGAUUCAAGUACUAUCCAUAUGCAUGGACAAAGACAGCCAGCAUCAUAUUCUUAGAUGCACCUGUUGGCACUGGUUUCUCUUACUCUACGAAAUCAGACGCCUGGGCUUCCUCUGACUCGGAAUCAGCUACGCAAUCCUAUGAGUUCCUUAGAAAGUGGUUAACUGAAAACCCAAAAUACCUGGCUGUUGAACUAUUCAUUGGUGGGGAUUCUUAUUCAGGCAUAAGCGUUCCUCAAAUCACCAAAUUGGUUGUAGAGGGAAAUGAAGCUGGUGCCCAACCAAUUAUGAAUCUGAUAGGGUAUUUGCUUGGGAGCCCACGAACGGAUUCAGUGAUUGAUGAGAAUUCAAAAAUUAUAUUUGCUCAUCGCAUGGCCCUUAUAUCUGAUGAACUCUAUGAGGACCUCAAAGUACAGUGCAAUGAGAACUAUGUGAAUAUAGAUCCAGCCAAUACAAAAUGUGUAGCUGCUUAUGAACUUUACGAAAAAUGCGUUAAAGAUUUAUUUCGCAAUGACAUUUUGGAACCGAAAUGUACUUUUGCAUCGCCAGAUGUAGACCAAAGAGAAAUGCCUCACAGAGCUCUACAAGACGAUCAUACAAAUUUUAUCCUUUCACCACCAAAAAUUCCUGAUUUAUGGUGCCGGACCUUUAAUUAUGCUCUCUCCUACAUAUGGGCUAACAAUGACCAAGUUCAAGAUGCUUUACACAUUCGGAAGGGGUAUGUAAAAGAUUGGAAGAGAUGCAACAAGAGUAUAUCAUACACGAAGGAUGUCCUGAGUGUGGUUGAUGUUCAUCGAUAUCUCAGUACAAAAAGGUUACAAGUUCUAGUUGAAAGUGGAGAUCGAGACAUGGUUGUUCCCUUCGUGGGUACAGAGAAAUGGAUAAAGUCACUUAACUUGACUAUUGUAAAUGACUGGCGACCAUGGUUUGUUGAUGGUCAAAUUGCUGGAUACACUGUAAAGUAUUCAGAACAUGGAUAUCGGUUGACAUACGCAACUGUAAAGGGCGGGGGUCAUACGGCUCCAGAGUAUUAUCGCAGAGAAUGUUAUGAAAUGUUUGACCGGUGGAUCCACUGGUAUCCUUUGUAGACGUGAUUAGUAAAAUGGAGUUCAAUAAAAAGUUCAAUAAACACACAACGCAAGGUACUUAAAAGUUCAAGAGAGGAGAAUAAUCUGAUUCUAUAUAUAUUGUUAGCCAUUUUGGUUAAUUAUCUCUAGAUCUGCAUGUAUUAAUGUAACCUGAAGGGACAAUGAGAAAUAUAUUUGUACUUUAUACGUUGUGAUUAUCAAGCGUGCACACCAUAAGUUAUUACUUCAA